AUGGCCAGUAGAAUCAUUGGUCCAAACAUUGGAUUAAUUUUAAACAACAAAACACCAGAAGAUGUGGCGAAGGCCAUGAUUGAAAAUGAUCGCCAGAAAGAACCAUUCUAUGUAUUUAGUAUUGACGAAGCAUAUCACCGAAUACAGCAUUUUAAAAAAAUGAUGCCUAGAAUUGAGAUAUUUUAUGCUAUGAAAGCGAAUGACAACGAUAAUAUGCUGAAAUUAGCAGCUGAGCUUGGAUUAGGAUUUGAUUGUGCGUCACCUGGAGAAAUACACAAAAUAUUAAAUCUUAAUGUAUCACCAUUGAGCAUUAUUUUCGCAGUACCAAGCAAGAAUCCGGACUGGAUGGUUUACGCCCGAGACUCUGGCAUUCGUCAUACGACAUUCGACACAAUUAACGAGCUGAAGAAAAUUAAGCAUUAUUGGCCUGAUGCUAAACUAUUGAUUCGAAUUAAAGUGGAUGGAGAGAGUAUCUAUAAAUUGGGUGAUAAAUUUGGCUGCGACUUCGAAACGGAGGCCGUCAAUCUCUUAGAAGAAGCGGCUGCGUUAGAUUUGAAGGUAGUUGGAGUGGCAUUCCACGUGGGUAGUGGUUGUUCUUCAGCUGAUAGCCAUGUUAUUGGAUUGCGACUAGCGAAAGAGCUUUUUGAUCAUGAAGCCCGAUCAGGCAGGCAUAUGAACAUUAUUGAUAUAGGAGGAGGAUUUUUGAGCGAUCGAACUGACCGAAUUGACCAGGUAUCCAAUUUAAUAAAUGGUACUUUGGAAGAAUUAUUCCCGGACCCAAAUAUACAGGUUAUCGCUGAACCAGGACGAUACAUCUGUGAUUCAUCUUGCAAUUUGUAUUGCAGUAUUAGCAAUGUACGAAGGGUCACGAAAGGAGACGAAAUAGUAAAUAUGAUUUAUCUAAAUGACGGACUUUUUGGAACCUUGAGAUAUCAAGAGCGGUGGCACACGGUGAAACGGUUCCAGACAAGUGCUGAAACUAUAAAUGAGCAGCCUGAAAGGACAAUUCUCUGGGGCCCGAGCUGCGACUCCACGGAUCGCGUGAUGAAGAAUGUGGAGAUAUUUCUGCCUCGCUGCACGUCAUUUGAUUGGCUCGUGUUUUCUACAAAAGGGGCUUACUCGUUUGGAUUUGCAACUCAUUUCUCUUGCUUAGAAAAACCUCAGAUUCGUUCGGUUAUUUCACAGAAUUUAUGGGAUCAAAUAAAAAAUAGUAUUUUUUUCAAUUCAGAUGAAUUUACUGAGGAAUAUGAUAUUUCAUUGCCGCUGCCUUCAACUUUACCGCGAAUCACUAAAACGAGAAACAUAACAGGCUCGAAUUACACUUUGAAGAUAUAACGAGUAAUAGAUACGAUAAAAGACAAAUAAUAUUAUAUGAGUUCAUUAUUAAU